UCUCCUUCUUGAACAACAUGAUGCUCAAGUCUGUCACAGAGAGCUUUGCCAGCCUGAUCCACGGCUUGACGGCAGGACACCUGACGGACUCCGUCAUUCAGAAGAGCAAGAGGAUGAUCCUGGACACUCUGGGUGUCGGGCUGCUGGGCACCAGCACGGGAGUGUUUCACAAAGUCAGCCAGUACAGUAAAAUCUACAGCUCCAAUACAUCCAGCACUGUUUGGGGUCAGUCGGACUUCAGACUCCCACCCACAUAUGCUGCUUUCGUAAACGGUGUGGCUAUUCACUCCAUGGAUUUUGAUGACACGUGGCACCCUGCCACACAUCCUUCUGGAGCAGUCCUUCCUGUUCUCACAGCUUUAACAGAAGCCUUGCCUCAGAGUCCAAGGUUUUCUGGCCUUGACCUGCUGUUGGCUUUCAAUGUUGGUGUUGAAGUUCAAGGCCGAUUAAUGCAUUUCUCCAAGGAAGCCAAUGACAUACCAAGGAGAUUCCAUCCCCCCUCCGUGGUAGGAACUUUGGGCAGUGCUGCGGCUGCGUCCAAGUUUUUAGGACUCAGCUUGACCAAGUGCCAGGAAGCCCUGGCAAUUGCCGCCUCUUAUGCGGGAGCACCCAUGGCAAAUGCUGCUACUGAGACCAAGCCCCUUCACAUGGGCAAUGCUGCCAGACACGGCAUAGAAGCCACUUUGCUAGCCAUGCUGGGGCUCCAAGGAAACCAGCGGGUCUUGGACCUGGAGAGGGGGUUUGGGGCCUUCUAUGCCAACUAUUCUCCGAAAGUCCUUCCGAGCUUGGAUUCUCAUACAUGGCUACUGGACCAGCAGGAUGUGGCCUUCAAGAGUUUCCCGGCACAUCUGGCCACUCACUGGGUGGCUGAAGCGGCAGGGGCUGUGAGGAAGCGCCUUGGGCCUCCAGGUGGAAUCCUGUUUCCUGCUGACCACAUCAAGAAAAUUGUGCUCAGGAUCCCAGAUGUGCAAUAUGUCAACAGACCCUUCCCAGACUCAGAGCAUGAAGCCCGUCAUUCCUUCCAGUAUGUGGCCUGUGCCAUGCUGCUCGAUGGCUGCGUCACCGUCCCAUCCUUCCACAAACCCCAGAUCCACAGGCCACAGGUAAGAGAGCUGCUUGGGAAGGUGGAGCUGGAGCAUCCUCCAGACAACCAGCCCAACUUCAACUCAUUGUACUGUGAGAUCAGUGUCACUCUCCAGGACGGAUCCACCUUCACCGAGCGCUCUGAUACCUUCUAUGGUCACUGGAGAAAACCACUGAGCCAAGAGGACCUAAGGGGAAAGUUCACAGUCAAUGCCUCCAGGACACUGUCCUGGGACACUGUGGAAAGUCUUAUAAAGGUAGUAGAAAAGCUAGAAGACCUAGAAGACUGUUCUGUGUUGACCACACUUCUGAAAGGAUCAUCUCCUCCAGAAGAGGCUUCAAAAUAUCCAGAAGACAAUCCUUCCAUUGCUCAAUCUCUCCCAAGUCUGACCAACAUGUGAAGGCCUUUGCAUAUAAAGCAGAGGCCUGCUGCUCCAACCACUCAGGAACAAAGCAAGGUCAAGUGUACAGAUACAGAACAAUGUGCGUGCAUCUGGAAGUCAUCUUGUCCUAUAAAAUUGUGUGGUAUCUUUAACUUACCUUCAAGAUACUAUUUAAGAAAUUAUUUUAUAAACAUUCACAAGGAUGAAGUUUAAGUCCUCUGUGAUUUUUGCUUAUAAAGCUGUGUAUAUUUAUGAACUUCCUGAACCUCAGGGCUCUGGGCUAGACCACAGCAGGUUUCUUAUACAAUAUAUUGUUGAUCCCUUCCAUACUGCAAGAGAUGAUUUGGCUCCUGGGCAUCUACCCAGAACACCAUUAGCAGGGAUACCAUAAAGACACUUGCACAUCCAUGUUCAUUGCUAUGCUGAGAGACUAAAUGAUGUAUGUGUUAUCACAUAUGCAGAAGCUAGAUCUAAAACACAUAAUAAACUAUACAGGACUCCAGGCAUUCACACACGGUGAGGCCAAGGGAGGGCACUCUUAGGGGAGAAAAACAGAGGUGUAAUGCCUCUGGGCCUCUGAUCAUUAUAGAAAAAUAUAUAUCAAAAUGAACUCGAGGAAAUGGAAACAAGAGGGUUUUGUUCUCUUUUUUUUGUAUUGUGUGUUCAUUUUUCUAUCUUACAGGGGAGGGUAAGAAAGGUCAUAAAAAUGGUGGGACAUAAGGUGAACAAAUGCAUCAGUGGGUCUCAGUAGAAACUAUGUUGAAAAUGGACUAUA